UUAUUUUUUUUCCCCCCUAAGGCUCAGACGCUUGAACGCUAACUUAGCUAGCUUGCUUGCUCAUAUUCAUACAAAUCCCGCCUCCUGCACUGUGAUUGGCUGAGCUUGAACGCGUCUUAGACUGUGAUUGGCUAGAACUGUCUGCCUCAUGCGCUAGGAUUGGCUGAUUGGAUGGAGCUGUCCUAGCCACUGCUGUAGCGGCUUUGGGCGGAUUUGUUAGCAUGACGACUAGCACAAAGAACUAGCCGGUUUAUUUUCAUUUAUUGCUACAAAUAAAUAUUUUUCUAAGGAAUUACAUUAAAACAAGUAAAGUAGAUACAUAUUUAACAAGUGACAAAAAUAUUUUGCGAAUUCUGGCGUGAAGUGGAAACGGAAAUGGAAGCGAGCCGAGAAGUCACGCAGCGGCCAUGAGAGCGACAGAUAUUCAUCCUGUAACCGCACGCAAAACUUCCAACCUCACGCCACGUCCCGUAACACUGCCAUGUCAUCGACCCAUGAGGCGUCGGCCGCGUCGUGAGCUCGCUCUGCGAGGGGCUCGUCCGGCCCACUCAUGCCCGUGAUCCCCAUCCCGAGGCGGGCGCGCUCCUUCCACGGCCCCCACAGCACGUGCAUGCACUCGGCCUGCGUCCCGGCGCGCGCCUCCCAGCUCCUGCGCACCAACUACAGCAACUUCGACCUGUACCUGAAGUCGCGCUGGACCUACGGCUUCGUGCGCUUUCUCCUCUACUUCGGCUGCAGCCUGUUCACGUCGCUCCUGUGGGUGGCGCUCGCGACGCUGCUGUGCCUCGAGUAUGUGUGCGUCCGCGUCGUCCUGCGCCUGCAGUACAAACUCUCGGUCAUCCUGCUGCUCCUGGGACAUCGCAGGCUGGACUUCGGCGUCCUGAACGAGAUCUUCAUAUACAGCAUGCACAUCACCAUGUUCCUGGUGGGAGGACUCGGCUGGUGCUUCAUGGUCUUCGUGGAUAUGUAGACAGUUUGAAAAGAUGCGGAAAGUAACGUUUACGCGACGUCCAUCUCGCGCCGAAUGUAGUCGAUCAGCCGAGACGUGUUUGGGACGUCAAGCUCACGUCUUUAGUUUUGAGCUAUAGCUCCACGGCUGAUGCAGGAAACUCAUAAUGAAAGUCUAUACAAUUCUUCAUAAAUUCGCUUCAAAUCAUAAUCCGUAUUAACUGUGUGAGAAUCUCGCUCUUUCAGACGAUACAGUACGUAUCACGAUACGUAGUGUACGAUACGAUACGGUUAAACACGCAACGAUUUGAUGCACUUCAAUUCGAUUCACAAUCACCGAUACGAUUGAGUUCAUCACUGAUACGAUUCAGUUUCUUUACUGAUACGAUUCAGUUCAUCAGUGAUACGAAUCGAUUCAUGCCUGAUUCAGAUUUAAUUCCAGUUUGAUUCAGUUGAGUUAAAUUUGCAUUUUCCGCCACAGGAAAGUCACACACACACACACACACACACAUGUGCAUCGAUUUUCGACAGCAGUACUGAUUUCUAAGGCGUUUUCCUUUUCAAUUCGCAUCUUUUUCCGACAUUUCGUCCGUUUCCUUCCAGCUUUUUGAUACAUUUCCACCUUCGAGAGUUAACAGGCGUGGCUUAGGAAGUGUCAUGAUAAGAAGUUUCAAGGAAAGAAGAUUUACAAGAUGUAGAUAAUGUAGCAUUUCCGCAUUCAGCUACACGGUGAAGAUUUAUUUGUGUUUAAAGAUGACAGGAAAUCAGACCCUGUGUGUGUGUGUGUGUGUGUGUGUGUGUGGGGUAUCACUGAAGAUCUGGAUGCAGUUUUGAGAUUUUUUCAGGGAAACAGACUUGCAUUGUGGGUUAUCUACGUUAGCCUCGUGGCUCCAGUGCAGCAUUGAAGAGUCAGACGUCACACACGCACCAAACACGUCUUGGCUGAUCGAAUACUUCCGGUGUAAAAUGGAAGAUUGUGUACCUUUCUUUUUUUUUUUUUUUUUUUUUUUUUUUUAACUAAACUAUUCCUUUAAAUACUGUAAACACAACACUAACUAAUACUAAUGUGCCAACUGUUUACUGCAUGACAAACUUUUUUAGUGCAUUAUUUACUGACUUUGUGGGAAAAAAAAAUCACCAACUCUUUCACAUUCCAGACAUUUCUCCAGCAUGCUCCAUUGUUGAUGCCAUAUUAAAGGUGCCGUCUGUGUGAUUUCAUUUAACCUCAAAGCAGAAAUUGUAGCUUUAAGGGGGAAGUUCAGCGGAAAAUCAAAUUGAGGCUGAAAAAUGUACCUCAAAGUGCAAUCAUAGACUCAUCCAUCUCUUUAAAAAAUGAUGUAGCUUAUAAGGAUUUGGUUAGGAAUGUACGGAAAAGAUUUCGGGAGACUCGAGUACUAUUCGGACGGGAUUAGUUUUCCGGACACGUGUCUGAUGACUGAUGUCGGAUGGCGUCUGGAGUAAUUAUGAUCGAUUCGAAUGAAAAAUAAAACAUCCAUGCGUACUACAUACACACACCUCAUUUUAAUACAAACUGAUUGUUGUUAGGGGGCGUGGCCACACAAGCUGAUCAUUAGUAGGUCACAUGACCAUAACGUAUGUCGGUUAUACUUGUGCUAAGAACGCGUAACUAAAAGUCUCGGAAGCGUGGCUUCUCUAACACGUCCUUUUAAACGUCGUCUGUAUUUUAUCGUGUGUUUUAAACUCGCUUCCUGGAGUGUCUUUACGUGCAGUCUGGAAAAAGUGGCGUGAUUCGGACGGGACUAAAAUCCCAGAGAUACUCCGGUGAUAAUUACGUUACACACCUCUGGAUGUAAAACUAAUCCCGUCCGAAUAGGGCUUCCAUGACUUUUUAGCUAUUUUAUUUGUAGCUUGAGUAAAAAAAAAAAAAAAAAGUAAUGAAGAAUCGAUUACAUUUGAGGUAAAUGGGAGUGUUGUGUACGUGUUUCACCAAACUCUUCCUUUAAUCUGAGUGGGGAAAGUGUCACAUGAUCACACAAGGAGAGUUUACUACGCCUCUCGAUGCCAAGCAGACCAUGAGUCUGAUGCCCCACGUCGGGCAAGAGAGCGAAACCGCUUCACACAAUCCGCUAUUGUUCGGGGAUCAAGGCGUCAUAUGCCUCGUGCUUGGCCGGACGCUUUCUUUUGUUCCCUAAACGAAGCCACUCGGGGGACGUUUGGGUCCAACAGCGUGAAACUCGCACCGCGCCGUCACACGUCACACAUCCUCUGAUGAACACAUGAUCGACCUCGCUGGUGUGUCUCUGCUGUGCCAUGUUCAUUAACCGUUAAUAUGUUCAUUUCAUUCAUUCAUUCAUUCAUUAAGUUCACUGGACCCUCAGGAACUGCAUUUUGUAAAAAAUAAAUUUAUUUAAAGCUCAAAA